AUGUCUUCCCUGCCGGGUGUGGCGAGGUACGAGCGGCUGCCAACGCGCACAAAAAUUCAGUUCUUCUGGUGCUCCAUGCUCGUCAUGGGCUUUGCCUACCAAUUCCUUAAGAUGACGGUCCUGCGUGUGCAGCCAAAGCGUGAGGAGCAGAUGUACAUGCACAUCAAGAAGAUAUAUGGAGACAACUUGCCAGCGGAGCUGAUUGAAAUUGCCAGAAAACAGCGUGAGGCGCAAGACGCCCUGACGCUCUCCAACAUGAUACGCACACCAACACCAGGAGAGACAGCAGGUGCUCUGCAGCACGAAUUAGACCCGCGCCGCAUCGCACAGCUAAAAAGUCGGAAUGGCUACUGA